UCAAAACUCAACAUUUUCUCUCUUUGUUCUUCAAAAAAAAAUAAAAAAUGGGAGGAUUAGAUGUAAUUAGAACAAGUUUACGUGAUGAAUACGAAGUGACAGAUAUUUUAGGACGAGGAGGAUUUUCAGUAGUAAGGAGAGGAAAGAACAGAACAACAAAUGAAGUUGUUGCAAUCAAGACUCUCCGACGGUACGAGCCAGUACCAUCGGAGAAGAAAGAAAAUAACAUUAAAAUUAAUAAGUCGUCGUCGGGAGUAGUACCAGGUUUGAUAUGUGAUACUUUAUUGACAAAUGAAUUGUUAGUUAUGAGGAAGAUCGUUGAAGAUGUUUCUCCUCAUCCUAAUGUUAUUCAUUUGUACGAUGUUUGUGAUGAUUCUUUUGGUGUUCAUCUUAUAUUGGAGCUUUGUUCUGGUGGGGAGCUUUUUGAUCGGAUUGUCGGACAACCUAGGUAUAACGAGGCCAGGGCUGCUGCAGUGGUGAGACAAAUAGCUAAGGGACUUGAGGCGUUACAUGGGGCAAACAUAGUUCAUAGGGACUUGAAACCAGAAAACUGUUUAUUUUUAAACAAAGAUGAGAAUUCACCAUUAAAGAUUAUGGACUUUGGUCUUAGCUCUUUUGAGGAUUUUGCAGAUCCAGUGGUUGGUUUAUUUGGUUCAAUUGAUUAUGUUUCACCAGAAGCACUUUCAAGGGAUAAAAUCACUACUAAGACUGAUAUUUGGUCACUUGGUGUUAUUCUUUACAUUCUUCUCUCCGGGUACCCACCUUUCUUCGCACCGUCCAAUCGUCAAAAGCAACAAAUGAUAUUAAAUGGACAAUUUAGCUUUGAUGAGAAAACAUGGAAGAAUAUAUCUUCAUCAGCAAAACAACUAAUUUCCAAUCUUUUAAAAGUUGAUCCCAACAUGAGGCCUACUGCUCAACAGAUAGUUGAAGAUGCAUGGGUGAGGGGAGAGUUAGCAAAGGAAGAAGAAACGGACGCUGAGAUUGUAUCUCGUCUACAAAGCUUCAACGCGCGGCGUAAGUUUCGUGCAGCAGCUAUGGCUAGUGUUCUCAGCAGUAGUUUUAGUUUGAGAAGUAAAAAAUUGAAGAAAUUAGUUGGUUCAUCAUAUGAUCUCAAGCCUCAAGAAUUAGAAAAAUUGAGUCACAUUUUCAAGAAAAUAUGCAAAAAUGGAGAAAAUGCAACAUUGUUGGAGUUUGAAGAGGUGUUAAAAGCAAUGGAAAUGACAUCAUUAGUGGGAUUAGCAGAGAGGAUAUUUGAUCUAUUUGAUCACAAUCGUGAUGGAACGGUUGAUAUGAGAGAGAUAAUUGGUGGCUUCUCUAGUCUCAAAUAUUCACAAGGGGAUGAUGCACUUCGUCUAUGUUUUCAGUUGUAUGAUACUGAUCGAUCAGGCUGCAUUAGCAAGGAAGAAGUUGCAUCCAUGUUGAGAGCACUUCCUGAAGAUUGUCUUCCAUUGGAUAUAACAGAAGCUGGAAAACUUGAUGAGAUAUUUGAUUUAAUGGAUGCAAAUAGUGAUGGCAAAGUCACUUUUGAUGAGUUUAAAGCUGCUAUGCAAAGAGAUAGUUCACUUCAAGAUGUUGUACUAUCCUCACUUCGUCCUAAUUAAUUAUUAUAUUUUAAUUAUUUGUACGUACCACACUGUACUAAUUAUAUUUAUAAUCUCUUAACUUUUCUUCACAUUUCAUUUUAUUAUCACUACUCACAUGAGUAGUUAAUUGGGAAGCUUUAUUCUACAUAUAAAUGUAUUUUUCUUUUUCACUA